AUGCAGUAUUUUCUGGUGAAUGCAAUGCGUAUCGUAAGGAUACAUACGCAGACGUAUCCGUCUAUACCUUCGAAAUUGGCCGAUGAGUGCUACCUUGAAGCUGAAAAUAACUGGAUGAUCUGUGUAGGCAGUGUGUUCUGCGGUGUAUUCAAACUUGUAGUUCUGUUCUUUGCAGAGGCAGAGUAUCACGAAGGUGACGAUGUUGCGGUCUCUGUGGGCAAAUAUAAAGUUCAAGAUGUAGACUACGGAUAUGGGCGAGGAUCUGCUCGAUUCCCUAUGAUCACCCUGAAACACGGCAUGAGAAACUGUGAAGAAAUGCCGUUCCAGGGCCGUUUUUCAGGACGAUUAGGAGGAAUUGAGUGGGAUCACGUCCAUACUCGCAAACUACCCCCCGAACUCUAUGCUCGCCCCCAGGGAUUCCAACAUAGGUUCCUCCUCUUCCGAUAUAUCCGUUACAUCAUUUUGCUUGCUGUACGCGUGUCCAUGGACAUGAAGAUGGUUUUUUAA